CUUCUCUCACGCGCUCUCAGUCGCGACUCGAGUGUUGAGAAAAUGGCGGAAAAGACGACGGAAAAGACGACCGAAAAAGAGUCGCAACUCUUGACAGUCGUUGAGCACGAGCUGCGCGUCGAGGAGCGCGUCGUCCAGACGAAGGCGUUCGGCGCCGUCAAAGUGCACAUCCAGGGCUCUCUGGACGCCAUUCAGUCGAAGGCCGUGUUUCUGACGGUUCACGACAUCGGAGCCAAUCACAGUUCAAUGAAGGAAUUCGUGGACAACGAGUCGAGUUUACUAACGAAGCAUAACAACAGCGCGAGAAACUGCGUUCUCCUGCCGCGGCUUCUGCGUGUGGAGGGCUUCCCAACCAUUCAGCAGAUCGGCGAAGAGGUGAUUCGCGACGUUCUGGACGCGCUGUCGGUGCCGCUCGUGGUGGGCGUCGGGGAGGGCGCGGGCGCCAACAUUCUCGCGCGUUUCGCUUUGGCGCACCCGUCGCGCGUGCUCGGCCUGGUUCUCGUGCACCUCGUGUCGGCCGAAGUGGGAUUCCUGGAUCAGCUAAAAGACCGCUUUUUCCACCGCCGAAACUCCCAACAGAUGUCUCCACUCGACGUCAUCGGAAAGGAUUCAACGGACGAGACGUCGCGCGCGCUUCUGGAGGCAUAUCGCGCGCGCGUCCAGACCCUCAAUGCGCGCAAUCUGCAGAAGUACGUCACGGCUUACAUGAACCGGAAGGUGAUCUCGGAUUUGGCCGAAGUGGACGUCCUGUUGGUGGCGGGCGCGCGCUCGCCGUACUGCGCAGGCGUAGAGGCCAUACACUCGAAGUGCAACAAAACGAAGACCUCUUUGUUGAAAGUGGACGACGUGUGUGACGUCAUGAGCGCACAAACGUCGCUUUCGCGGCUGUUUAACCGCGUUUCAGACGAAAACAAGCAGUUUCCGGAGCCUAAAGACUGGAGUACAGGCCGGCAGCUGCCGCUCAUAAGGGCAUCAGUAGGAAACGCAAACAGCGCUCUAAUGCCCUCUAUUUCGCCCGCAGGUCAGGCGCGCGACGGCAACAGCGCGCUCAAGACGUUGGGGUCGAUCGGACGGCGCCGCACGCUCUCUAUGGAGGAAUACAAGAGCUUUGAUUGGCUGCUGAGUGAAAGCCGAUUGGGAUUCAGGUUUCAACGACAACGAACUCAAUAUCGCAAACAGAGUUCGUUCGCCGAAUCGAAACCCGAAUUCAAUGGCAAUCUGUUGUCUUCGCUGUCGUCGUUCUCGUCGUUCGUGUCGUCCGUUUGGUGGUCGCCUAUACUCUCCUCUACUCUAUACUAUAGACGACAGCGUCGAAUGAAUGGCAACCCAUUGAGCGUCCGAUCGAUCGUCUCUGCAAAACGUCGCGCGCGCGUCGACCCAUCGCUGCCUCCACUGCACGCAUGCGUUACUCCGCGAAUGCAUUGCUUUGCCGUCGAGUCGUCGUCGCCGACGACACGCGUCGCUCGGCUGUCGUCCGGCGGUCCUCUUCGGCCGUCGCGGACCGUCUGA